CCGGGGACUUCCAAGCGCGACCACUUUAUUAUCGCUUCGCCGAUACACACAUAACAAGGUGCAAAUUCAGAAUAUCACUGUAACUCAGGUGUAAGGAGUCAAUAAGGUAGAUGGAUACAGGUAGACACUUCUUGGUCAUUUUCCUCCCCCGGCGACACCUGCGAUAAAAGCUUGAGCUUUUUUUUUACUUCUUGAACAAGAUACAACUGCAUUAAAACCUAUAAGGAGUCUACUAGCUGCAUGUGGUAUUGAUUCCGGGAGAAAAACAACUCCAUGUACAGGCAUUUUACGUAAUCGUUCAGGAUGGCUUUUUAACAUGACUCAACGUCUCAAUCACACGGAGACCUAACAAGUGAACUGCAGGUUUGUUGUAACAUUUCACUGGUCCGGGGAUUUUGACAGUGGGACGUACAUGUACAGGUUGCUGGGAUUGUCCCGGUGAUGCGGUCCACGCAACACGAGACCGCCUUAGUGGACGCGGACGCCAUCCUUAGGAUCACCAGAGCCCCCAAAACCCCACCUACGUACGUGCCCCGCAGUAGGUCCCUGAACGACCUGCCGGGAGGGAUACGUGUCCCGAUCCUCCAGAGGCCGCAGUCCCGGGUGGCCGCCCGAUUGGAGGCGCUGCAAGAUGGACUCCAGGAGCUGACCAUUCUGAGGGAGAAGCAGAGGGAACUCGUCCAUCACGUCACAGAGAGGCACUCCUCUGACACAGUACGGGACUCGGCCGGACAACUUCAGGGCUCACACUUAUCCAGGAGGAGGUAUUCGAUUAGUGCUCUACGCAGUAUAAGCGAAGAAAAGACAAUCGACCGCGUACAGACCCCGGACGACGGAAUCAACGGCAGUGACCGCGAGACGGUCCCCGGGAAUUUCCCUAAUGGCGUGUCUGCUACAUACUCCAAAAGGAGGCGACCAUCUUUUCAGUGCGAUACUAUCAUCACCAAAGAUUUCAAUCAAACGAUUCCGUACUUUCCGCUCCAGAAAGAAAGUCAAGCCUUCCCGAGCCCUAUGCAUGCGGUCAUGAGACAUUACGAAGUCGUUCUAAAGAGUGCCAAUUCUGAGCAAAACUUAAGGAAAUCCGCGUCACAAAUGGAUCUGAAAUCCACCUCCAUCCAAAAGUCCUUGGAGAGUUCUGUGGAACAGGAGACUAAAUCAGACGGACCCCACGCUAGCUAUCUCGGCAAGCGCCGCGCCAGUUUGCCAGUGACUCUAAAGUCAGUGAAAGUCACGGAUCUGGAUAACUUUUGGCAAAACUACAAGAAAGGGGUGGACAAGAAUGGGAAUCAAUGUCCCAAAGACGAGACCUCGUCUUCCCUAUCCCUCGACACCACCAUAGAAUCGACCUUGUCCUCUGUAGAGGAAGAGGCCGAGCAAGAAGUGUACCAAAAUACUAUAGAUAUAAAAAAUCAAAGUACUGAAGAUCUUGUAAGUAACCGUAGAGAAGAGCAACAAGAGACUGCUCUCUAAUCCCUGUCUUUCAGUUGUGGUUGUUUGUUUUUUUCUCAAAAGUAUUCACUCAGAAUUUAAAGAAGUACAGAUUUGGUAUUUGCAUUUGACAAUGUACAUCUACAUGACUUGUAUGUAUAGCACAAACAGUAUGCAUGUUUAGUUAUUAACUCUGCAUUCCUUACAUGUGUAGAUCAGCAAGGGGGAUGCCUAAAAUUUGCAGAGCUAUCUAAUUUACAUAGCAAGUUAUCAAAACAUAUAUUGGAAACCCCCUUCUUCAGAGGGAGUGGGGGAUGGGGGCGUAAGAGCGAAACCAUCCCACAGGAAAAAUCAUUACAUGUGCUUAGACAUGCAGUGUCAUAUGCUUACCCACUCAUGUUCAAAAUUACAUGAAUAGAAAUAAAAUUAAACUUAUCUCAUUGCUUUAGCAUAAAUUUUGGCUUUAUCUUAACUGAUUUUUCAUGCAUCUUCAAAUUAUUCUUGGAAAUGUAUUUUUAAUAUUUGUUUACAACAUUUAGUGCUUAUCUCUUUUAAGUAAACUCAACACACAGGGGCAUCGUAUCUGCUCUACACUCUAUGACACAUAUAUAAAUAAUACACAUAUUUAUAUACCGGUAUAUGUCAUAGAGUGUAAAGUGGAUACGAUGCCCCUGUGCUCAACACUGAAAAUAAUAAUUCAAUGAUAAACUUUGUAUAAGGUAUUUGAAAGAUUUUGCAAUUGAAAAUUAAUCAUGUUUGAACAAUUUAUUUUUUAACUUAAGUGUUUUGUGUGUGUGUGUCCUUUCUUAGUUAAGUAAGGACCAAUCUAAAUUAGGCGUUUAUGUUUUAUUUUUCAGAAGUUCAGAAAUGUGUCAUAUUAUUAUGAGAUUUUGUUUAUACAUGCUAUAUGAAGGAAGAUCACAACAAUAAAACUCCUGAAAUAAU